AUGGCAAGCUUAGCCCAGGGGCCCGUGCCCUGGUCCCCACUCCUGUUCCUGCUCGUGGCGCUGCUUGGGACACUUGGGCCCCAGGUCCAGAGCCUUAAGCCUGAGAACCUCCUGUUUGUGUCCACCUUGGAUGGAAGUCUCCACGCACUGAGCAAGCAGACAGGAGACUUGAAGUGGACACUGAAGGAUGAUCCAAUCAUCCAAGGGCCAUUGUACGUCACAGAAAUGGCCUUUCUCUCAGAUCCAGCUGAUGGCAGCCUGUACGUUUUGGGGACCCAGAAACAACAGGGAUUAAUGAAACUGCCGUUCACCAUCCCUGAGCUGGUUCUCACCUCCCCGUGCCGCAGCUCCGAUGGGGUCUUCUAUACAGGUAGGAAGCAGGAUGCCUGGUUUGUGGUGGAUCCCAAGUCAGGAGAGACACAGAUGGCACUGACCACAGAUGGUUCCUCGACUCCCCGACUCUACAUCGGCCGGACACAGUACACGGUCACCAUGCAUGACCCAAGGACCCCGGCACUGCACUGGAAUACCACCUACCGCCGCUACUCAGCACCCCCAAUGGAUGGCACACCAGGAAAGUAUAUGAGCCACUUGGCCUCUUGUGAGAUGGGCCUGCUACUGACCUUGGACCCAGAAAGUGGGGCGGUGCUGUGGACACAGGACUUGGGCGUGCCUGUGAUGGGCAUUUACACCUGGCACCAGGACAGCCUACGCCAGCUGCCCCAUCUCACCCUGGCCCAUGACACCCUGCACUUCCUUGCCCUCCGCUGGGGCCACAUCCAGCUACCUGCCACAGGCUCCCAGGGCAUGGCCGCCCAUUUCUCUGUCUUGGAUACCCAGCUGCUAACAACCCUGUAUGUGGGGAAGGAUGAAGCUGGCUUCUAUGUCUCUAAAGCACUGGUCCACAAAGGAAUGGCCCUAGUGCCUCGUGGGCUGACCCUGGCUCCCAGCAAUGGCCCCACCACAGACGAGGUGACACUGCAAAUCUCUGGAGAGCGAGAGGGCUCCCCCAGCACUGCUGUCAGAUACCCCUCUGGCAGCGUGGCCCUCCCUAGCCAGUGGCUGCUCAUUGGACACCAUGAGCCACCUCCAGUAUUGCACACCACCAUGCUGAGGGUCCAUACCACCACACAGAGUGCGACUGCUAAGACCAGACCCCCUGGGAGCACCCAGGCCCCACAUCUCCUCUUGGAGGUCAGUCACCUGAGCCGAGAAGAAGCUCGGAACCUGGAGCUACAUCCCGAAGAGAAAAACCCAGACCUGUACCCAGAGCUGGGUCCCCAGGACCUGUUGGCAGCUAGCCUCACUGCUGUCUUCCUGGGAGGGUGGAUUCUCUUCCUCCUGAGGCAGCAGCAGCAGCUGGCAGAGAAGCAGCAGUGGACACCGUUGACACCCAUAGGCCCUUCCCGCCUUCUUCAUGAUGCUCAGCCCCAGCCCUCCGAGGUCACUCCACAAGGACCCUCAGAGCAAGCCGAACUACUUAAAGACCCUGAAGCUGAACAACUCACUGUGGUAGGGAAGAUUUCCUUCAACCCCAAGGACGUGCUGGGCCGUGGUGCCGGCGGGACUUUCGUGUUCCGCGGACAGUUUGAGGGUCGGGCAGUGGCUGUCAAACGCCUCCUUCGCGAAUGCUUUGGUCUUGUUCAGCGUGAGGUGCAGUUGCUGCAGGAAUCCGACAGACACCCCAAUGUGCUCCGCUAUUUCUGUACUGAGCGAGGACCCCAGUUCCAUUACAUCGCUCUGGAGCUCUGCAGGGCCUCAUUGCAGGAGUAUGUGCAAACCCCGGACCUGGACCUCUGGGGCCUGGAGCCUGAGGUGGUGCUGCAGCAGCUGAUGUCUGGCCUGGCCCACCUGCAUUCCCUGUGCAUAGUGCACAGGGACCUGAAGCCAGGAAACAUUCUAAUCACGGAACCUGACACCCAAGGCCGAGGCAGAGUGGUCCUCUCGGACUUUGGUCUCUGUAAGAAGCUGCCUGCCGGCCACCAGAGCUUCUCCCUACAGUCAGGCAUCCCUGGCACAGAAGGCUGGAUGGCACCUGAACUUCUUCAGCUCCGGCCCCCAGACAGCCCUACCAGUGCAGUGGACAUCUUUUCAGCUGGCUGUGUGUUCUACUAUGUCCUUUCUGGCGGCAGUCAUCCGUUUGGAGAGAGCCUGUAUCGCCAAGCCAACAUCCUUGCGGGGGUCCCUUGCCUGGCUCACCUGGAAGAGGAGUCCCACGACAAGGUGCUUUCCCGGGACCUGGUGGCGGCCAUGCUGAGCACCUGUCCACAGGCCCGACCCUCUGCUUACCAGGUGCUAGCUCACCCUUUCUUUUGGAGCAGAGCCAAGCAGCUUCAGUUCUUUCAGGAUGUCAGCGACUGGCUGGAGAAGGAGGCUGAGCAAGAACCCUCGGUGAUGGCGCUGGAGGCAGGAGGCCAGGUGGUGGUCCAGCGCAACUGGCAUAAACACAUCUCAGAGUCACUGCAGACAGAUCUGAGAAGGUUCCGGACAUAUAAGGGAACAUCGGUGCGAGACCUGUUACGUGCCAUGAGGAACAAGAAGCACCACUACAGGGAGCUCCCGGCUGAGGUUCAACAGGUGCUGGGCCAAGUCCCCGACAGUUUCGUCCAGUACUUCACAAGUCGCUUCCCACGGUUGCUCCUGCACACACACCAGGCUAUGAGGAGCUGCGCUUCGGAAAGCCUCUUCCUGCCCUAUUACCCGUCGGCACCGUCAGCCAGGGAUCCAUGGCCGGGGGCUGCUGCUGGGAGCUGA